GGCAGCUCCGGCGGCCCCGGCAGCCGCAGCGCCGGCGCCAAGGGUGCGGGUGCGCGUAUGUGCGGGUGUGUGUGCGCGCCUGCCAGGGAGCCAAGCGGAGAGGGAGGAGGAGUUUGGCUUUUUUUUUUUUUUUUUCCCCCCCCCUCCCCCUCCUCCUUUUUUUUUUUUUUUUUUUAUUAAUCAGGAGCAGUGAAUGGAAACCAAUCAGAUAGAGAGCCCCCUCGGCUCGGGCUGCCUGCAUGCCGGAGUUAAAAAGUGCUGCUGGCCGAGCGGGAGCCCUAGUGCGAGGCGGGGAGGCUGAGCGGCGGGAGAAGGGGCCGGGGAGCUGCGCUGCCGCGCCGCCGACCCGGGCGAGGCUCGGCCGCGUCGUCCCUGCGUGCCGAGUUCCUUUGAGACUGCAAAGACUAUUCAAAGAAGGAGGACGGCAUGAGAUUGGAUUCAGUGCAGUAAAGUAGGUUAGUUUGAGGACAAGACAAAAAAUCAUUAUUCAGACCAUCUUGUAUUGCCGUGAUGAGAACUUACCAUUGCUUCUGGCUGCUGUUUUGGGCUGGUCAGCCCCACCAAAGUUUCUUAACUCCGUUAUCCAAGAGGACUAGUGGCUUUCCAGAAAAGGAAAAGGUUUUGGUGUUGUCUGGAAACAGCAGGCAAGACCUCCAUCGUUCCAAAAGGAGUUGGAUGUGGAAUCAGUUCUUUUUAUUGGAGGAAUACACAGGAACUGACUACCAGUAUGUUGGCAAGCUGCAUUCAGACCAGGAUAAAGGAGAUGGAUCACUUAAAUACAUCCUUUCUGGAGAUGGAGCAGGAGACCUCUUCAUUAUCAAUGAAAACACUGGUGACAUCCAGGCCACAAAGAGACUAGACAGGGAAGAAAAGCCUGUAUACAUACUCCGUGCCCAGGCUAUAAACAGAAGGACUGGAAGACCAGUGGAACCAGAAUCUGAGUUCAUCAUUAAGAUCCAUGAUAUCAAUGACAAUGAGCCAAUGUUUACAAAGGACGUUUACAAUGCCAGCAUUCCCGAAAUGUCAGAUGUUGGUACCUUUGUUGUGCAAGUCACUGCAACUGAUGCCGAUGACCCUACUUAUGGCAACAGUGCUAAAGUUGUCUACAGCAUUCUCCAGGGACAACCAUAUUUCUCCGUUGAAUCUGAGACAGGCAUUAUUAAAACUGCUUUACUGAACAUGGACCGUGAAAACAGGGAGCAAUACCAAGUGGUCAUCCAGGCUAAAGACAUGGGAGGCCAGAUGGGCGGAUUAUCAGGAACCACCACCGUGAACAUCACAUUGACUGACGUAAACGACAAUCCACCUCGCUUCCCCCAGAGCACGUACCAGUUCAGAGCUCCUGAGUCUACGCCACUCGACUCCCCCGUUGGCAGGAUAAAAGCUAACGAUGCUGACGUGGAUGAAAACGCAGAGAUCGAAUACAGCAUCACUGAGGGGGAUGGAUAUGACAUGUUUGGAAUUACCACAGACAAGGACACACAGGAAGGAAUUAUAACUGUGAAAAAGGCACUGGAUUUCGAAAACAAAAACUUGUAUAUUCUCAAAGUGGAAGCUACCAAUACUCAUGUGGACCCUCGAUUCCUGUACUUGGGGCCAUUCAAAGACUCAGCUACUGUCAGAAUUCAGGUGGAGGAUGUAGAUGAACCCCCCAUGUUCAGCAGACCAGCUUACGUAAUGGAAGUGAAAGAAGAUGUUCCAUUAAACAGUGUAAUAGGAACAGUAACUGCUCAGGAUCCAGAUGCUGCCAAGAACCCUGUCAAGUACUCUGUAGAUCGUCACACUGAUAUGGACAGAGUAUUCAACAUCAAUUCAGGAAAUGGUUCGAUAUUCACUUCAAAACCCCUUGACCGGGAAACGCUGCUGUGGCACAACAUUACAGUAAUAGCAGCAGAGAUCAACAACCCAAAACAAAGCAGCCGUGUCCCAGUGUUCAUUAAGGUUUUGGAUGUAAAUGACAACGCUCCAGAGUUUGCCAUGUUUUAUGAGACCUUCGUCUGUGAAAACGCAAAGGCAGAACAGCUGAUACAAACAUUAAGUGCUGUUGAUAAAGAUGACUCUUACAAUGGCCAUCAGUUUUCAUUCUCCAUAGCUCCCGAGGCAGCCAGCAGCUCAAACUUUACACUACAGGACAACAGAGACAACACAGCAGGGAUUUUCACCCGAAAAACCAGAUAUAACCGGCAUGAAACAAGUACCUACUUCUUGCCAGUGGUGAUAUCAGACAAUGAUUACCCCAUCCAGAGCAGCACUGAAACGGUGACUAUUCGAGUGUGUGCUUGUGACCAUCGAGGGAAGAUGCUGUCCUGUAAUGCAGAAGCCUUGAUUCAUCCUACUGGUCUUAGCACUGGGGCUCUUAUUGCCAUUCUUCUCUGCAUCAUUAUAUUACUUGUUACCGUGGUGCUGUUUGCAGCACUGAGACGGCAGCGGAAAAAAGAGCCUUUGAUAAUUUCCAAAGAAGACAUCAGAGACAACAUUGUCAGUUACAACGAUGAAGGUGGUGGAGAGGAAGACACGCAGGCGUUUGAUAUUGGCACGCUGAGGAAUCCCGAAGCCAUAGAUGACAAUAAAUUACGCAGAGACAUUGUGCCGGAAACACUUUUUAUGCCACGGCGGACUGCAACAGCGCGGGAUAACACGGAUGUCAGAGAUUUCAUUAACCAGCGGCUAAAGGAAAAUGAUACAGAUCCAACAGCACCCCCGUAUGACUCGUUAGCAACCUACGCGUACGAAGGUAAUGGUUCUGUGGCCGAGUCCCUCAGCUCCUUGGAGUCGGUGACUACGGACGGAGAUCAGGACUACGAUUACCUCAGUGACUGGGGACCUCGGUUUAAAAAGCUGGCAGAUAUGUAUGGCUCCAUGGACAGUGACAAAGACUCUUAAUAUGUUGUCUUUUUUUUUCUUUCUCUUUUUUUUUUUCUCUUCCUCAUUCCCAGAAACAGCACUGGGAUAUGUGAAGUGGCUAUUUCUUUCUGUUUCUCCACAGCUGUGUGAAAGGGUUCUCUAUUCUAUCCAUUUGAAUUGUCUAAUGACUGCAGUCUGUGUGGGUUAGCCAUCAGAAAACUUUUUCUAGUAUCAUUUUAUGAGCUUCCAAGAGGCAAAAUCCUUAUUUUUUUGAGUGCAUCCAGUUUACCAAGCCAAUCUUACAGGCACAGCAGUAGUGGAGGGAAAAAAAAGAUCAGAUGGGGAGCAAUAUUUUUACUUGUUCUGCUUAUAUUGUAAAUUGGAGUAUAUUACUGUUUAAGCUCACUUGCUUUUUACUUGUAUUCAGACUAUUCAGCUCAGACGACUGCUCUGUCGACUGUGUAUUGCACAUCCCAAUGUAAUGAGGUACCCUAGUUUACCCUAUGUAUUAUAGUCAAAAGUAGUGGUGAUGGAAUGAAGGUUUAUUAUACGAGUAGAGUAAGCUGAGAAAAGAACAUCAAACACAUUUUACUCAUGAAGAGGGUAGAGAGGCUUAAUGGUCAUUUAAACCUGAGUGUUUCUCUAGAACUCACCAUUGCCCCAUUGCGCUGAAUCAUACUAACACACACAUAUAUAUAUAGUUCAUUGACUGCUGUGUAUAUAUUCGUUGGACCUAGCAUCGCUGGAGAGAUGUGUGUGUGUGCACAUGUGUGUGGUCAGUAGCCCCAAUACCUAAUUCUUAGAUGGUUUCCCAGUUCUAACACAGGCUUGCUUUGCGAUACAGGGAAAGUCAUCAAAUGCAGCUCCAGAUUAGGUCAUGACUUGGAGGAAGGAACCGAUCAUAACUGUGCUUUUGUUUGCGCUUCCUCAGUCAGCCCCCACCUGCACAUCAGUGAUGGCCACUGUCCUGGGGAGCUUGGCGUCAGGGUGUUCAUAUCCAGCUACUCCUGCCUGUUCUCAUGUGCAGGUGGGGAGGAGUGGCCUAAAGGUGACUGCCACCCUCUGGGGCAAAAGGAGCAACUGCUGAGGAGGAAAGUGGUUUUUUUUGUCCUGACCUUCCCUGCCUGGAUGUCCAGGGUGGAUUCCUAACUGACUCUCUGCCCAGUUUUGCUAUCUAUAAAAUGGGGAAAUAAUGCCUACCUCAUCAAGAUGUUGCAAGAACUAUAUAAGUCAUUUGGAAAAUGCUUUAGAAAUGGAAAACACUGGCAGUCUGCCAGAGGAAGUAACUUUCCAUGCUUUUGGGUAGAUUUUUCCUUUUUUUUUCUUCCAGACUCAAGUCCUGAAUGAACAAAUAAGUGAGAAUUAAUGGUCAUUCCAGCAGCUUGAAAAGUAGGGUUUAUAAUUAUCACUCAUUUUUUAAAAUAAACUACUCAGCCAGGGUUGUUAAAGAUUUCACCAAAUGUUAAAAUUUUAACCACAAGUUUCUCUGUGUGUGUUUAUCUGCUUUGCCAAGCUAAGUAAUUUUUGUCCAGGCGUGGAUUGGGGGAAAAUGCCAUAAUCUUGGGCCAAAACAGUUUUCUUUAUAGCUUGCACACCACUCAGUAUUUCAGUCGGUUUGUCAAACGUAGUGGCUGCUCUUCAAAUCCAGCCAUCUAGGAGAGGCUAUCUGGAGGAAACCCUAAGGGACUGCCAUGGGGCAUAUCCAGUUCCAGGAGUUAAAUGCCACCCUGUGUCCCAAAGUAGGGAACCAGCCCAUGGGACUGUGCCAAGGAGAGAAGGAUUUUUUUUUUUUUUAAAUACCUCACGUGUAACUAUUCUCAUUUAUUUCAUGAAACAGUAUUUAGUAGCAGCAUUACAGGAAUGGAUCUAUUUUCCUCCUCCCCCAAAUUUUAAGUAAAUCAUUUUGAAAAUUAAACAGCUCCAAUUUACUCCAGAAAUAAAGAGAGAUGAGAAAAAAGUUAAUGAACAGAAAACUAAGAGGAAUUAAAAAUUAGUCCCUGGAAUUCAUUACUCCUAGUGAGUUAAAGAGAGCUGUAAGAGUCCCAGAUAUUAGACUUUUACAACCACAAUGACAGAAUUUUAGGUUUUGUGGACCAGCUCAGAGGGAAGAGGAUGAGCCAGCCAUGCUGUGGCCCUGGCUGGGCAGGAAAGGACUCAUUCACAGGGAGGAGCACUGCACGCCUGUAGGUGUAGGGCACAGAAGCUACUGGCUUGCAGAUGCCCAGCAUUAUAGAUUGGAUGCUUCCAGAGCAGAGGAGCCCAGGGUUUCCAAGGGUCCAGAGCCCUCGGCAUCCCUGUUGGAGGCCUCUCAGAGUGUUUAAGUCGAACAGAGUGUGGUUCCCAACUCCGUCACUUAGUGGGGGGCUGAGCUGUUGCACCCAUCAUAAUGGCAAUGGCAUGGUUAGAGCUUUAUUAUGUCCUCGUGAGGGCCCCUAAGUAAUUUAAGAUGAUAAAAGCCUAGCUCUUCAUGGCUUCCUUGAAAUCAGAACUUCUAGGAAGCAAUCUGUCCAAAGCUGGCUCUGGCAGACAGGAGAGACCAUCUGGAUUUCAGAUAUGUGGAGGAGCAGCAGAUGCUCAGCACCACCUGCCACAGGUCCCUCACUUCAGGCUGCUCCCUUCACACAGUCAGUGGGGCCAGCAUAUCCCUCCAGGGGCUCUCCCAGUGACUUCCUAACACAGGCCUCUCUCACCCUGCACUCUGGGGUUGCCUCCAGCAAAUAGCCUCAAGCUCAGAAUCCAGCUGGAUGCCCGAUGUGAGCCAGUGAGCUGUCCCUUCCCCUCCUUAAGCCCGUAGGAAACAGAGGUGGCCGUGAAGCCACGCAGGUAUUUGGCCCUGCGAGCCACCCCCAGCUCACUGGGAAGAGGGAAUCAGUGGCACUUGGCUGAAGACAGCCCUGGUGCCCUGAAGGGGCUGGGCCCCCUGCAAGUCAGCCUGCAUUAGUCACUUCUUGGGGUGGGGUAACGAGACAGGAGGAUCACUGAACUCCUUGUAACUAUUUUCCUAUGUUUGUACAGUGAUUUUGUCUGAUUUAGUGAUUGUUAGUAGCAGUCCAGACGCAAGUUUUGGGUUGGCUUGGGUUUUUUUCCUUUUAAUUCAAAGAUGGUUUUAUAUUGUCCAUUGAGUGACACAGUAAAUAAUAGAGAGUGGCUACUCGUGCCUGUUAUGUAAAUACAUUAUAUAUAUAAAAUUAUGUUAUGUCACCACAAAUAUGGUGCCUGAAUAGCAAAUGCAUUCUUCUAAGAAAAUUUGAGGCAACCUUGCAUCCAAAUUAUCAUUUAUGCAUUUUAAGGUCUAUUUUUUCCUGCAAAUUAAACAGAUUUAGCACCUCUCACACAGCAAGGAGAGUUCAAUUCUUUCUGUUCUUCUUGCUUGGCAGUACCACAAAGUGCAAUUUAUAAAAUCAUUACUGCAUAUUAAAUAUUGAAAGUGCCAUAUUGCAGUGAAUACAAACCUUUGCAGUAGUAUAUUUCUUUGCACUUUGUUGCAUGGUGGCGUGCUAGAUGAUAGAAAUGAGUAUUUAACAAUGCUUUCACACAGUGCUACAAUUGUCAUUUGUAGAUAAACAAGUGUUGGACUAUGGGCUAUGAAGUGGCUUUCAAGGCUGUUUUAAGCCUGCUCUUCUUACAACCACGCCUUUUUCAGAAGAAGAAAUAUUAUUAGGCAGUUUAGCUAAGCCAGGUAGAGAGAUAAAAAUGCAGUUGGGUUUUAAUUUGGGAAAGCAUCUGGCCUAACAACAGGAAACAUAUUAAAAGAUGCCAAGGAAUUCUGUGGAGUCAACAUGAAACAGGGACCUGGGAGUCCAUGCCAGCCAUGCUGCUGCAGAACAGUAACAUUUCUACACUUGAAAUGGAAUAAGGUUUCUACAGUAACUAUUUCAUCUCAACUCCCAACAGAAGUCACUUUACCCCAGAAAACUGGUGGGGAGUUGUUUUUGCUUUGUGUUUGCUGGGGGUUUUUUACCCCAGGUGAACUACUUCAGGUUAAACCCAGUUCCAUCCCACAGCAGCACCAGUAUGGGGAGAUGUGGCAGCCCAUGCCUCCAGUGCAGCUGUGCCAGGACACCUCCAUGUAGACAGGUGCUUGGAAGAGAGCUGAGGCAAAGACUUGCAGAGAGCUCUGCACAAGGCUCUGCCAGCAGUAUCACAGGACUGAGAUGUGUUCCCAAACCUGACAUAGAUGGAGUUGUGUCUAACCAUGAGAAAACCAAAUUGUCUGUAUUUUUCAGUUAUUUCUGUUAAUAAAGGGCUGGAAAAGAUACAUAGUAGAAGAACAUGUCACCUGUACCAAUAUUUUCUAAAUUUUUCCUAAGAAACAGAUAUAUUUUUCUGGCCUUACUUCAUUCUAUGGAUGGGUGUUUUGUCACUGUUAAAUGUGAAUGGAAGAGGCAACCUUGAAAUAACCCACUUUAGGAAGUAGCAGUCUACAUUACAAGUUACAACUUUUCCAUUUCCCUGUUAUGAAAACAAAACAAAAAAUAAUCCCGCAAGACCAAAAAACUGAACAUCUGCAGUACCAUAAAAACCAGAACAGUCAUGAAAAAGUAUAGCAGAGAGAAAUGGCUCUAGAAAUGUGUGUCUACAUAUGUACAGUAUGACUAAAAGGAAGGGAAAUAAUGAACACUGGAAGCUGGCCAUGUUUCAAAACCAGAGUUAUCUGGUUGAGCAGAACCAACAGUGGACUUCUAACACGUUCAGAUUUCCUGGCACACCAGAGGGAGAUCUACAUGGAUAGGGAGAAAGGCAUCUUUUUUGACCAAGCAGCUUGAAUCCAGGCAAUUUCCAUGUAGAUCUUUCAGAAGGAAAGCAAGUAAAUUUCUGCAGCAUAAUUGUCUUGGUGGUUUUCUGCAGAGAGAAUUCCUCACAGUGGUUCUGAGCAGGUAACUCUCUGCAAGCACCCCUGUCUGUUAGAAAGGUCUCUCCAUGUUUCCUUUGGCUAUGAGUAGUAUUGAAGUGGUUCAGAAGACCACUGUCCCAAAUGGAUGCUGCCAUCCCCCUGCCUAUUUGCAUUUCAAUUAACUCUGCAGUCUGAGCUUCCUCAUCAAAUGAAAGCUGACAAAGUAACAGUCAUUGUGCUACUUCCAGUGAGUAUGAGCUAUGUCAUAAGCUCUGAAGGGCAGGAUUUUUCCAACCCAUCUACACCUGUGAAACAGCAGCCUCGUCCAGUAAAUGUCAAAGCUGCAAUAUUUUUUGCUUUCAAUUCAGUCUUUAGGAAGAGUUCUUUUCUCAGAGAUCAUUUCCAUUCUUAAAGAGAAACAAAAGCAUAUUUAAUGUCUACAGACUCAUGCAUUGCUCCAGGAAGAGAGAAAAACACAGAACACCAACACAAUCCUUUAAUACCAGUCUCUGCCCUCAGCAGUUUUAUUUAAGCCAGCUGAAACAAUCUCGAUCCUGCCCAUCAUUUUGCAAUAUUACACUGUUGAGCCCAGACCUGUGUUUGUCAUACACUAAACAGUUUCCUGAACAGUUCAUAAAAUUCAAUGGUAGGUAUCCAAAAGCUGUGGCUGGGGUUACAGGAAGUACAAGUGUCAGAGAACUGAGCAUUUUAAGAAGAAGAGAGGUGAAUUGCGUGGGGGGUGAGGGGAGGUAAUCAGUCAUAGGCAAGGCAGGCCUGUGGCACUCAAAAGCCACAAAACUGUCAUCUUGUGUUUAGAGUUACUGUAUUUCAAAGGAGUUUUUACAGAACCUGCCCUUAUCUUUUUUUUCUUCAUGCAUCUUUUGCUUUCUUUAAAAAUAAAUUUGAAAAAAAAAAAACAAAUAAAAAAGGAGCUGCUAUGUUUAAAUUUCUCCUACCACAAAGUCGAUUCGACAAAUAAGUUCAGCAUAUAGAGAAAUCCUUUCCAUUCCCAUGGGCUUUUGACUUUUCCUAUGAGACUGCACUAUUUAUGUAAAUAUACUUGGAGACACUUUCUAUAAGCUUUUAGUUUUCUAUGAUCUAUUACUUUAGUGUUUAUUAAAGAUACAAACUUAUAGAAUUAUUAAGCAUUCAGGUGAAGACAACAAAGAAAGAACACUGCAAACACAAAAUUGUUCUGGAUUUUGACACAAAAAACUCUUCAGAAUCACUGUACUGUUUUAAUUCUGUGAUUACUUUCAUUGCUCUGAAAAAUUAAAAGAAAGGCCUUAUAAUAAAUGCUAUGUGCAUCUUAACUGUGUUACUGAGCGAAAUCGAUCUGGCAAACUCCUAUUGUGAUUUGUGAUUUUUUAAACCCUUUAAAAUAAAUGCUUUUGGUAUUGAUUUUUUUUUUAAUUAAAAAUACUCCCAAGCAUAAAUUGAAAAUGAUGCCUCCACCUGGGAAGAUUUACUUGCUGGCAUACUCCAGCCACACAGUCUCUCAUGAUGUUAUCCCCUGGUUGUGCCAAAGGAGCCUCAGCAUUGGAUGGAUCUGGUCAUUGCUCAGCAGAGAGGGACAUUUGUGGGUGACAAUUUUGUCACCCAAGAGGCUUACACCUAGAACUUCCCUGUGUUGCAAAGGGACCCAUGCUGGAAUGAUUAUCUCUUCUGCAGCGUGGAUGGGCAAUUCGUUUUUGUCAGAUGGAAAGUGUGCACUCUCUCCCUUCUAUUUCCUGUUCACUGUACUGGCUUCUUUUUGGGGGGUUGGGGGCAGGGGGAAAUAAAAUUUAAGGAUUUGAUGAGAAACCAAUUUGAACAACAAUUUCUCACAGACAGAGUGAAUUUGCCUUUUUGCAAAUUGAUUUUUGUAACAAGUUAUUUAUAUGAUAUUACUUAAUAAAUUGUUUUUUCUAACUUG